AUGGCAGCAACUCAACUUUUGAAGACUCUCCAGGCUGAUAAGGGCCUUCAGAUGGACCUUCUUGUCGAACAAGACUCAGAGAAAUACUCGGCAGUUACUACUUUUGACGGAAAGCCAGGAACAGCGCCAUUCUUAGUUCCCCCACACUGGCAUAAGUAUCACGAUGAAUACAUCACUGUUCUGGAAGGGCGCAUGACCAUGAUACUUGAUGGGAAUGAGACAAUCUUAACUCCAGAGGCGGGAUCUAUGUUCAUUCCUCGCCGGGCUGUUCACAGCUUCCGCGGAUUCCAUGGCGAGAAGGUUGUUUUCGAAGAAAGGAAUCAACCUUCUGGUAUUUACAAGGCACUGUUCUUCAAUGAUGUGUUCCAAAUGGGGACGCCUCCCAACUUUUGGUUGGCGGUGAGGUCGGCCAUUGACGGUGAUCUAUAUGCCCAUCUGCCGCUUGGUAGCAAAUUUCUCGAUGAAUUAGUAAGUACCACUAUGGAUGAAAAGCCUGCUCUUACCAAGAGGUCUUUAUAG